AUGGCCCCCGGUCAACGCCUGUCUAUCGGUCUUUUGUCGCUCUACUUCACUACAAACCGCCGCGGAGAAAAGGAGGAGAUGUUGGCAUUGUUACUUCUCACAGGGCUACAUAGUGUGUCCGACCGACGGCAGCCAAGUGGGCGUGGUUGGCGACGACGCGGCGGCGGUGGCGAGUUUGGUGUGGCGUGCAGCGUGCAGACGCCCAGAGCACUCGGCGGCAACACCGGUGCAGAGACGCAGAGUUGGCAGGCGGCCGCCAGCCAGCCACCAUCACUACCGCCGCUCAAUGAACGUGUGCGAUCUUGUGACGCAAGCAGACGUCUUCUGAAUCCAUCGACGCCACCUGACAUCAACAACGACGCCGUCUGUAUCCUCCACACGACCAACGACGACCUGCCCCGUCUUGUCAUGGCAGACGAGGGCGCCGAUGAGGUGAAAGUAUUUCGACGAACUGACGCCGAAGAUCUUGAAACAAAUGCUCAGUCCAGUCAUCAGUUGGCUGAGGAUAAGAAGGAUGUUGUUCUGGAGACCGAGCUAGAAUCUCGACCGAACGGCGAUCCCUUAAUA